UGGGCGCUCAGGUCCAAACUCCAGCGGCUGCUGGUCGCGGAGACGCCAGGGAAGCAUGGCUCCGCGGUGUUUUCACGUGCUGGCCUUGGCGGCUGGGCUGCUGCUGAUCUUCGCCACCGUCCCCAGAUCCAAGAGCCAGAGGAGCAGGAAGUAUAUGGAGACGUCGCGAAUCCCUUCUCGAUUCAGCCAAGAGGAGAGCACAGAGAUGAAAGAGGCGCUGAAAGGUGCCAUCCAGAUUCCAACAGUGUCUUUCAGCAGCACGGAGUCCAACACCACAGCCCUGGCUGAGUUUGGAGAGUACAUCCGUAAAGUCUUUCCCCGGUUGUUCAGCACCAGCUUUAUCCAGCAUGAAGUCGUGGGGGAGUACAGCCACCUGUUCACUGUCCGAGGCACGGACCCCAGCUUGCAGCCCUACAUGCUGCUGGCUCACCUGGACGUGGUGCCUGCCCCGGAAGAAGGCUGGGAGGUGCCCCCCUUCUCUGGGCUGGAGCGUGAUGGUUUCAUCCACGGCCGGGGCACGCUGGACAACAAGAACUCUGUGAUGGCAACCCUGCAGGCCUUGCAGCUCCUGCUGAUCCGGAACUACAUCCCACAAAGAUCUUUCUUCAUUGCUCUGGGCCAUGAUGAAGAGGUAUCAGGGCUGCACGGGGCUCAGAAGAUCUCGGCCCUGCUACAGGCAAGGGGUGUCCAGCUGGCCUUUGUCGUGGACGAGGGCAGCUUCAUCUUGGAUGGCUUCAUUCCCAGCCUCAAGACGCCCUUUGCUAUGAUUGCCGUCUCAGAGAAGGGGGCCAUUGACCUCAGGCUGCAAGUGAACAUGACUCCUGGCCACUCUUCAGCUCCCCCAAAGGAGACCAGCAUCGGCAUCCUCGCAGCCGCCCUCAGCAGACUGGAACGGACACCAAUGCCGAACCUGUUUGGGAAAGGGACACUGACGAUGACCUUGAAGCAACUGGCGAAUGAGUUUCCCUUCCCUACCAAUAUAAUCUUGAACAACCUGUGGCUAUUUCGGCCUCUUGUAAGCAGGUUUUUGGAGAGAAAUUACAUGACCAAUGCACUGAUCAGGACCACCACGGCGCUCACCAUGUUCCAAGCAGGGGUCAAGGAGAACGUCAUCCCACCAGUGGCCCAGGCCACAGUCAACUUCCGGAUUCACCCUGCACAGACAGUCCUGGAGGUCUUAGAACUCGUCAAGAACACUGUGGCCGAUGACCGGGUCCAGCUGCAAGUGUUGAGAGCCUUUGACCCCCUGCCCAUGAGCCCCUCUGACGACCAGGCCUUGGGCUACCAGCUGCUCCGCCAGACCAUCCAGUCGGUCUUCCCGGAAGUCAACAUUGUCACCCCAGGCAUUUGUAUUGGCAACACAGACAGCCGACACUACACAAACCUCACCACCGGCAUCUACCGCUUCAACCCCCUCUAUCUGCAGCCCCAGGGCUUCAGUAGCAUCCAUGGAAUCAACGAGAAAAUCUCAGUCCAAGCCUAUGAGACCCAGGUGAAGUUUAUCUUUGAGUUUAUCCAGAACGCUGACCUAGACAAGGAACCAGUUCCCCACCUGCAUGAACUGUGAGGACAAGGAGCCAACUGGGCCAGGGGUACCCAACCUGGCCAGGGCUAACCCAACAGGGAAAGCCAAUGCUCGAGGAACUUCGAGUCAAAACCGCAUUGUAGGACAUUGUCCCCCUCGCCUAGACUCACCCAGAGACAGGGCCAGGAGGUACAAGGACUCUCAGCAGAAACCUGGCUUCUCCACCCUCCCAGGGGGUGCCUCUCGCCACUGUCUGGCACUCACUGCCUUCUGGUCUCUCUUGGCCUUGUAAGUCUUACCCUGGUUGGCGAACUGCUCCACCUCUGGGCCUGAGCUAACACUGACUUGAAAAGUCUCACCGAUAGCAGUGUGUCUAACUGAAGUCACCCUUACUGGAACGCCUUCUCCAGGGCUUAUCUAUUUCUUCUUCCUAGAACAUCCUUUCCUGUUUUUCUCCUCUCUUCUUGGACUUCCGAGCUGUUUCUUCAUCUCUCCUUGCCUUCUGCAUUCAGACUACGCCUGGACAAGACUUAGUCAACCUGUGUUGCUACCAUCAGCCAAUUAAAGAUGUCUGUGCAUCA